AUGUUGAACGUAUUGCCUCUUCACUCAAGCUAUGACCUUGCAGAUACAUCGAGUCACAUGACCGUUAUGGGCCGUUCACUCUGCUUAUCAACUGCCUUUCGCUUCGUCUUCAGCGUUCCAGAGCCGCUCGGGUUGUGGCGCUACCAGCACACCUCCCAUCAUUAUACAACUCAGCCCAGUGUCAUAUCACCUCAUACUUUCCACAAGCGCCCUUCUUCAGAGGAGUCAUAUAAAUCACCAUCUUCUUCUAGUUCAGGAUCUUCAGGGAUGCGUUUGGGAAAUGCUAAAAGUGUGGACUGGCUAGCUGUUUAUCGUCACGGGUUUUCCCAGGGAACUAGCCGCACUACGUCAACAGGCGACAGCACACAUUGCACAAACUCACAGCCCAUAGGAUGUCGGUCAGACGCUUUCGCUGAAGGCUUCGGUGGUGGACGCAGCGUGAGCCUCUCCUCGACCAUGAAGAUAUCCUUGAAGACUGGUCAGCCUGCGGAAAUAGUCCGUGGGGAUGCCGAUAAAAGUGACAGAUUCAUACGCCUUGGCUUCCUAAUGACCGAAGACCUACAGAAGAAGCCCGUUUUAAUUGCAAUGGAUACUAUGGCUGAAGUGAGUAUAAUGCGCAAGGGCAUUUUCGACAAGUUAGGCCUGCCACUGCACCAUUUCUCGAUGGACAUAGUUCCGUUGCAGACGAGAUCUGCCGAAACACCAAUCCGACCAAUCGGCCUUGUCCGUCAUGUUGACUGGCACUUUGCUCUUGCCCCUCGGACUUACACGACAGAAUUUCUUGUUGUGGACACGGACCAGUAUGAUGUCCUCAUUGGUGAACGGGAAAUCAAGAGGUACCAUCUUCUACAUCUGGGUGCUGACAUCCCCGAUGUGGUCGUACGGCCUUUGGAAAAGCAUGGUUAA